AUGCGUGUUCGGACGGACACCUGUCGAGCGGUCUUGCUCACAUCGCUCAUCUGGCUGGUGGUGGAUGUUUUUGUGUUGUUUUACUAUUUGGACAGCGGCUCAUUGAGCUAUGAUCGGUAAGUCUUUUGUGUACUUUGGCAUGUUCAAUAUUUAGAUAAUUUUGUAUUUGAAAUUCAACAAUUUUUGGGAGCUUUGGGGGAUAUUGGAAGCUGAGAUUGUUCUCUUGAUUUGGAUCUUUUCAGUUCGAGUCUAGCGUAUAAGGCCAAUCCAAAAUUUGAUGUUGUACAAAGGCCGCAGUUUGACGAAAAUUCUACGGAUGGAAAGCGAUUAAAAGAGCUGCUGAGUCAGCUGAACUUUGAGGAUCAUGGAGUCGGAGAUUUGGGUACUGGAGUGAAUAUUCCUGCUUCAAAACAAGAGGAAAUGAAGGAGAUGUUCAAACAAAAUCAGUUCAAUCUGAUGGCAUCCAACAUGAUAUCGAUAAAACGAGCUCUUCCUGAUUAUAGGAGUGACAAGUGAGUGUUUAUUUCUGUUUUCUUGGUCUUUAGGCUUCACAUACCACUGAUUUCAAAAGAAUUGAGACCGUUAUGGAAAUAAGGUACCUUAUUUUAGGUGUCGAGUCCAAGCCGAGACCUACCGACAAACAAUCCUGCCAAAGACUUCGAUUAUCAUUGUAUUCCAUAAUGAAGCGUUCAGCACUUUAUUACGAACACUACACUCAGUGGUAAAUCGAUCACCUCACGAUCUAAUCGAAGAAAUAAUCCUUAUUGAUGAUCUCUCCGAAAGAGACUACUUGAAAGGUCCAUUAUCCCUCUACAUUAAGACACUACCGUUGCCGAUUCAUCUAGUCCAUCUGCCAGAGAGAAGUGGGCUGAUUCGUGCGAGAUUGACCGGAUCUGGAAUGGCGAAGGGCAAGGUUUUGUUGUUCCUAGACGCCCAUGUAGAAGUUACGGAGGGAUGGUUGGAACCGCUGGUCCAUCGCGUGGCAACAGACCGCAAAACUGUUGUGGCACCGAUUAUUGAUGUCAUUUCGGACGACAAUUUUGAAUACGUCACGGCUUCGGAUACGACUUGGGGAGGAUUCAAUUGGCAUCUCAAUUUCAGAUGGUAUCAAGUGCCAGAGAGGGAGAUGCAGCGGCGAAACAACGAUCGGAGCACUCCGAUUCAGUAAGCAUUCGAUUUAUUAGUUCUUUGACUUUUUUAGAACCCCAACGAUCGCCGGUGGACUUUUUGCCAUUGAGAAAGAUUUCUUCUAUGAGAUUGGCUCAUAUGACGAGGGAAUGCAAGUAUGGGGUGGAGAGAAUCUGGAAAUCUCAUUUAGAGUAAGUUAUAGGUUGAUUUUUCAUAUACCUGUUUAUACCUAAAAUAAUAUAAAUUUGGAUUUUUUUGUUGCCUAAAAUAAUAUUAUUAGACCGACAGUUUGUAUGAAAUGUAUUUUAUGGCCAUUUUAUUUUUGAAACAUGAAAAUCGAACUUAUAUUAUACAGAAAUUGAAUUUUUUCGUCACUUUUUACCUAAAACAAUAUAAUUUUAGACGUGGAUGUGCGGAGGUCGUCUUGAAAUCCAUCCGUGCUCCAGAGUGGGCCAUGUUUUCCGAAAGCAAACCCCAUACACCUUCCCCGGAGGUACUGCCAAGGUGAUCUACCACAAUGCGGCAAGAACGGCGCAUGUUUGGAUGGACGAUUACAAGCGAUUCUUCUUCGCCAUGGUCCCAGGUGCCCGCAAGGUGGAAGCGGGCGACAUGACAGCCCGUCACAAACUCCGUCAAGACCUACAAUGCAAGAGUUUCAAGUGGUAUCUGGAGAAUGUUUACCCCGAAUCACCGAUCCCGGCCUCGUUUACCGAGUUGGGACAGCUGAAAAACCAACAAACCGGCACUUGUGUGGACACAAUGGGCAGGAAAAGUGGCCAACAACCCGCACUGACCCAUUGCCAUGGGCUGGGCGGGAAUCAGGUUUGGGUUCUGACGGAGUCGGGAGAGAUUCGAUCAGACGAACUGUGCUUAUCAGUCAGAGGAAUGAAUCUGCCCAUGAAAUACGCCGUCAAGUUGGAGAAAUGCUUGAUGAGCAAGAUCUCACAAUGGCAUAGGUUCGAAUUUAACAAAGAGGUGAGGAGAGGUUUGAGGUUUAAAAAAAUGCUUUUUUUCUCCGUCCCUCUUCAUAUGCAUGCUGUGUCUAAAAAUUUUGAAUAUUUUGGCCGGGUAUGUAAAAAAUAUUAAUUUUUUUUGUAUUGGUAUGAAGAAUUUUCAAAGUAUGUACCGAACAUUUGAGGAAUAGAUACAGUGACGUACCCGAUCUAGUGGCAAAAAACGUACCAUUUUGCAUCCGGGAAGCAUCAAAAAUGUGGCAAAACGCUUCCCUCUCCAAGUGAAAAAACUUCGUUUUUAAGGGCCCUCACAAAAAGAGCGGGCGGGCUUUUGAAAUCGGAGUUUUUUCACUUGGAGAAGGAGGUAUUUUGCCACAUUUUUGAUACUUCCCGGAUGCAAAAUAGUACGUUUUUUGCCACUGAAGCGGGUACGUCACUGCCUUUUCCUCAAAUUUUCGGUACAUUCUCUGAGUAGGCUUCAUACCAAUACAAAAAAAAAUUUAAUUUUUUUACAGACCCGGCCGAAAUACUCAAAAUUUUUAGAGAGAGCAUUCAUAUGAGGAGGGACGGAGAGAGAGAAAAAAAAUGGUACGUUUUUUGUCAAUGGACCAGGUCCCCCACUGUAGCCCAUCGUUUGGUGUAUUUGCCAGUUUUAAUUUUAUGUUUUUUCUUUGCAGACGGGCUCCCUAAAACAUAUCAAGUUUGACAAGUGCGUGGAAGCGGACGCGGACGGCACCCUGAUCGUCAACACCUGCUCCACAGACCCCAAACAAAAAUGGACCUUCGAAUCGAGCAAUAAAUAUUGA